GUAUCCCUUCAGCAAAAACGCGAGUCGCACUCGUGCUGCAGGCGCUCCCCCAAUCGCGAUGGCGGCUCUUCCCCCUAGCGAAGCCAAUUCCCCUUCCUCUGCGCCGAAAGAGGACGACAGCCAGGCUGAUGUGGGCCAACCCAGCGCCAAAAAGCGACGCACGGCCGCCUCGCGUGGCGUCGCAAAUCUCACUCCCGAGCAACUCGCACGCAAACGCGCGAAUGACCGCGAGGCGCAGCGUGCCAUAAGGGAGCGCACUAAGACGCAGAUAGACCGGUUGAACCAGCGCAUCCGAGACCUCGAGAGCCAGCAGCCAUACCAUGACCUGCAGGUGGUGCUGCGCGAGAAGGAGGCCGUCCAGGCUGAGAAUGCCGAUAUAAGGAAGCGCCUGGAGAGCAUCGUGGCGACUAUCCAGCCCAUUCUGCGCGCGACAGGCGGUCUGAAUGAACUGGCCGCUGCUGCAGAGCGCUCGCCGCUGCCCGUUCCGCCACACCACCCGCACCGCGAAGUCCCUCCCGACCCUCGCCAGUUCCACGCCACGCUCGGCGACAUCGCCGCAGCCUCACCACAGAACGGCACUCACUCGCCGACUGGCACAGACGUUUCGCGCCAAUGGCCAUACUCGCAAGAUACGCCUGGCAGCCACAUGCGCGGCUACGGCCACGACGGCCCAGCGUACGAGCACCGGCCUCCACCUCAGAUACAGGAGCCGUAUGACGAGCGCAUGGGUGUCGACUUCCUCCUGGACCACAACCAGAGGCGGCCCAUGGACCCAAACAUGCCGUCUCCGCAGCAAACACAGCCGAGCAAUGUCUGCAGCAACGGACAGGGGCAGUAUGCGCCGAACCUGGUGCCGUAUCUCACCCUCCCACGGAACAUAGCGCCGACAUGUCCGCUGGAUGUCAUACUGCUGGAGUUCCUCCAAGACCGGCAGAGUCGAGCAGCCGAGGGCGUGCCUGUGAAGACGCUGGUCGGCCCGCUGUACCCCAACUUCACCUCGCUGGUGUACCCAGACCGCAACGUCGAUGCGCAUCCGCUGUCGAAGCUGUUUACCGAUAUCUUGCGGACAUUUCCAGACAUAUGUGGCUGGCCUGAGCAGGUGGCUAUUGUGUACAUUAUGUUCCUGGUGAUGCGCUGGCAGAUCGAGCCUACACAGGAGAACUACGACAGACUACCGCACUGGGUGACACCACGUGCUAGUCAGUUGUUCGCCGCCCAUCCGUGCUGGUUCGAUCAUCUGCCUUGGCCGCGUCUGCGCGAUAGACUCUGCGCCCACCAGCCCUUCAUUCCCUUCGACACUUUCUUCAUCCCCUUCACCACUACCGUCUCCCUCAAUUGGCCCUACGAGGCACGCGACGUGCUCCUCCCCGCCUCCAAAAUCCACUCCAACGCCCUCUCCACAAACGCCUCCUCGGUCCACGCCUCCUCGCCCUUCUCCACGCACGUCAACGCCGGCAGCCCCGCCGGCCCGCACACGCCACAGCCGUCCGGCACCCCCGUGCCACUGACGAUGAAUGCGCUGCCCAAAGAAGACGACCAGUGGCUCAUCAACCCCGCGUUCGAGAGCCAUCUCAGAGACCUUAACAACUGGUCCCUGGGCCCGAGCUUCAGGGGCAUCUUUCCGCAACUUGCGGAGGGGGUGAAGAUUAAGCAGGGGAGGUAGCUGUAUAUACUUGAUGGCGCUCAGGCGUUAGUUGUGCAUGAUGAUUUGGGAUAGAUGGAUAUAUGUUGUAUCACUGGGGGGUGUUUGUAUAUCUUACAGGGUAUGGGUGUUGUGGCGCCUCUUGGAGAGUCGGGAGCAGUUCGCUGCAUUUGUAAUAGCAUUGUUGGUGCAUAGACUGUGGAAUCAGGCUGGCCUAUGAACAGGAUUAUUCGGGGUAUUGUCAGCAGGGUGGUUCAGUAUACAUGGCAUGGGAGGAUGUAAUCAAGUCAUAU